ACAUCCACUUGCGCAAGAUCUAACAGAUCGCGGACCACUCGUUUCGUUAUGCUCUGGGGUUCGGAUUGAGAAGAUACAUUUCCUCUGACAUCUAUUCCUCCUUCUACUCAUCCCUAGGCUCCAAUUUUACCGGGCCCACAGACUCCGACAUUGUGAGGGUUCGAUUCGUUACUCGUGAGCGCACGACAACACAUCCCACUUUCCGCCCUCCCACCCACACAUCCACACCACCACCGCCGCCAUGCAGCCAUUGUCGCAGAAGGAGGGCACGCUCUUCCGGCAGAUAAUCAAGUAUUAUGAAUCAAAACAGUACAAGAAAGGCCUCAAGGCCGCAGAACAGAUUCUGCGCAAGGUUCCGAACCAUGGCGACACACAAGCAAUGAAGGCUCUCAUCCUCAAUUCCCAAGGUCAUCAAGAAGAAGCCUUCGCCCUCGCCAAGGUAGCCCUCAAGAACGACAUGAAAUCCCACGUUUGCUGGCACGUUUACGGUCUGCUGUAUCGAUCUGUGAAAAAUUAUGAAGAGGCUGUCAAGGCAUACAAGUUCGCGUUGAAGCUGGAGCCGGAGCAGCAGAAUAUCUUGCGCGAUCUUGCGAUCCUUCAAGUGCAGAUGCGCGAUUACGACGGCUACAUCGAGAGCAGGCAGAAGAUGAUGCAGGCGCGUUCGUCUCUGCGGCAGAAUUGGACGGCAUUGGCAGUGGCGUAUCACCUAGCGGGCAAUUACAAGCAGGCCGAGAACAUCCUCGAGACGUACGAGAAGACGCUUAAGCAGCCUCCUCCGAAAACCGAUCUCGAACACUCCGAAGCGGUCCUGUACAAAAACACUAUAAUCGCCGAGUCGGGAGACAUUGAGAGAGCUUUGGAGCACCUCAAUACGAUAGCGAGGGCCAACCUUGACCGGACCGCGGUGCUGGAACUCAAGGCAAAAUACCUCUUGCAACUGGACAGGAAAGCCGAGGCAGAGGCAGUAUACCGCAUUCUUCUUGAUAGGAACAACGAAUACCGAGCAUACUAUGACGGUCUGGAAGCUUCAUUGGGACUCGACCGGUCUGACGAAGGGUCAAAAGAGAAGCUUGUAGAAAUUUAUCAGUCAUACGCUGAAAAGAGCGAACGUACUGACGCGCCCAGGAGGAUUCCACUGGAUUUCUUGAAAGGGGAAGAAUUCAAAAGCGCCGCGGACAAGUACCUACGCCGAAUGUUGAACAAGGGCGUUCCCUCCACGUUCGCCAACAUCAAGGCUUUGUACGCUGAGGCAGAGAAGAAAGCCGUCAUCGAAGAGUUGGUGCUCGGAUAUGCUUCUGGAAAGCAAGCGAACGGGUCUGCCGAGGCGAACGGAGAGCCCUCCGACCGUUUUGAGGAAGCAGUCAAAUACUUCCUGGCUCAACACUACAGCUACCAUCUCAGCCGCGACCUCGAGAAAGCUCUCCAAUACAUUGAUCAGCUCAUCGAGAAGAACCCCAAAUCCGUUGACUACAACCAGGCGAAGGCAAGGAUAUGGAAACAUUACGGAAAUACCCAAAAGGCCUCGGAGACAAUCAACCAUGCUCGAGAGCUUGACGAAAAGGAUCGAUACAUCAACACGAAGUGCGCCAAGUACCAACUGCGAAACAACGAGAACGAGACGGCUUUGAAGACUAUGAGCAAAUUUACAAGGAAUGAAACAGUCGGAGGGCCCCUGGGAGAUCUACACGAUAUGCAAUGUCUGUGGUACUUGAUAGAAGACGGCGAGGCCUACCUCCGGGGCCGCGAUUAUGGCCAUGCCCUCAAACGAUUCACCGCUGUCUCCGACAUUUUCGAAGUAUGGCACGACGAUCAAUUCGAUUUCCAUAGUUUCUCAAUUAGGAAGGGCCAGAUCCGCGCCUAUAUCGACAUGGUUAGAUGGGAAGAUCACCUUCGUGACCAUCCAUUCUUCACUAGAGCCGCGCUCUCCGCGAUCAAGAUUUACUUGCAGUUGGCAGAUCAUCCGGAACUAGGCAACCCAAACAACAAUCUUGAUCUGGACAAGAUGGACGCAGCAGAACGCAAGAAGGCACAGAAGAAAAUGAAGAAGGAGCAGGAAAAGCGAGAAAAGGAGGAGGCCGAGCGUAAGGCUGCCGCUGCUAAGAAGGCUAAUGCCAAAGGUGAUGACGGCGAAAUCAAGAAAGAGGAUACGGACCCCAAGGGCAUUAAGCUUCUCGAAACCAAGGAGCCUCUCGAGGUUGCUUUGAAAUUUCUCAACCCUCUGCUCGAGUUCAGUCCAAAGAGCAUAGAAGGCCAGAAUCUUGCCUUCGAGGUUCACCUUAGGAGAAAGAAAUACGUCCUCGCUCUCAAGGCAUUGAAUGCAGCGGCCGCCAUUGACCCUGAGAACCCUAAGCUACAUGAGCAGGUGAUCCGCUUCCGCUUGACCAUCGACGGUCUCAAGGAAACUGAUCCAAAGGUCUCCGAAGUUCUCAAUGCCAGCUUCAAACUCGGCCCAGCUUCCACCGACCUUAAGAAGUUCAACACAGAUUGGCAACAAAAGCACUCCCAGAGCCCAUCACACGUCCAAUCCGCGCUUAAUGUUCGCCACAUCCUCGACAACAGCAGCAAGGCCCAAAACGAGACAGACUUGAAGAAGCUCCUCGAGCUUCCUACCAUCACAACCGAGCAGGCCGUUGCUGGAUUGGAUCUCCUGGAUGAAUGGCAGAGCGAGGCAGGUGUCAAGGACUCUUACCGCCAAGCAGCAUCGGAAAAGUGGCCAGAGGUCACGGUUUUCCAGAGUAAAUGAAGUUUCCGACUCUUUGUGAAUGCGACUCGGUCUUUUGGGGGCUUGAAGUGUUCAAUAGUGUAGAACUAGGCGAUGACAUUGCUCAACUACAUUUUGAAAGAUAUGCUUAGGUGGGACUUGUACGCAUGUAGCAUAAGGUUAGUAAUGUCUUGACGAGGUGCAAAUGCCCGCAGGUGAAGAGAAAGGGGACAUGUGGAAAACAAAACAUCUAGAUGCCUUCAAAAGACACAUUUUUAUCUACCCUCAAAUUUCUCUUCGUUCGGUCCACGUAUGUGUUGGUGGACAUACAUAUUUGUUGUAGCUACCGGUCUCUAGGUGCCCUACUAACGACAUUGAUGCUUCUGCUGCCCUCCUGAAGCAUUCUACGAAAUCUUCG